UCGCGGUUCAACUCCGGCACGCGCGCCGCAACUUUCGCGGCUGGUGGCUGGCCUGUCGUGCCCUGCAACCUGCAUCAACGUGAUUGACUGACACCAGGCGGCGAGACCAUGGGCUACCGAUCGAAGAAACAAGGAGCAUCUAUCUUCUUCAGUAGUGGCCGAGCUGACCUCCUGAUCCUGACCUGACAAGUCACCCCACUGUGCCGCCACUUGACGGACUCGAGGGUCUAGGCAGGCUUUAACUUGAGCUGUUUCGGACGAGCACUGGGGAAGCCAAGUUCUUCACCGUCGUAUCCAUGGACGGCGGCAUGCGCCACCACCAGCUCGAAGCAGCAGCAUGCCAAAGCCAGAGUCUUCUUCCUCCCCCUGCUGGCGCCAGUUCCUGCGGCAUCUCCUUGGUCGCCGCCGUCUGCCUCUUUCUCUUGGCCGCUUCGUCGGCGAUCUACUGCUUCUGUGUCGUGAUCAUCUCAUCUAAUAAUGAAAGCCUCCUCCUCAAGCUCAAAGGCAGGAUUUCCAAGGAGAAGAAGAACCGGCGGCAUCAGGACGAUAAUGCACGACCGCCGGAGCCGCCGGGAAGGGGGAGCGGCUGGUGGUGGUCCGUCGUGGAGACGCUGGCCUUCGUGGCCGCCAACGGCAGCGGCAAGGGCUUCUACAGCUUCGUCCACGCGCGCCACCGCCGGCACGGGCCCCCCUGCUUCCGCACCGCGCUCUUCGGCGCCACCCACGUCUUCGUCUCCUCGCCCGACGCCGCCAGGUCGCUCCUCGCCGCCGAGCCCGCCGGCUUCUCCAAGCGCUACGUGCGCACCGUCGCGGACCUCCUCGGCGAGCACAGCCUCCUCUGCGCCUCCCACGCCGCGCACCGCUCCCUGCGCCGCGCCGUCGCGCCCCUCUUCAACGCCCGGGCCACCGCGUCCUUCGCCGCCGCCUUCGACGCCCUCACGCUCCGGCUCAUGCGGGACUGGGCCUCCACCUCGGGCCGCUCCGCCGCCGUCGUCGUGCUCGACGCCGCGCUCGGCGUAACCUUCGAGGCGAUCUGUGACAUGCUCGUGGCCACGCUGCCGCGCGACGCCAAGAGGCAGCUCCAGGGCGACGUGCUGGCCGUGACGCGGGCCAUGCUGGCGUUCCCGCUCAGGCUGCCGGGCACGAGGUUCCACGCGGGCCUCCAGGCACGGAAGCGGAUCAUGGAGGUGCUCAGGCGAGAGAUCGCCUCCAGACGGCGGGACGGCUCGCUGCGGCAGCGUGGUGAUCACGGCGGCGACGACAUGGACUUCCUGCAAAGCCUUCUCCUCCGGAGCCAGCAGCAGCAAGCGGGCACCGACGACGAGGCGCUCCUCACGGACGAGCAGAUCCUCGACAACAUCCUGACGCUCAUCAUCGCCGGCCAGGUAACAACAGCGACCGCAGUCACAUGGAUGGUCAAGUAUCUUGCUGACAGCAGAGACUUCCAAGAAACCUUAAGGUCGGUUCAGCUGGAGCUGGCACCCAAGCAGCACCAGGAUUCCCCCCUUACGCUCCAACAUCUCAGCAGCAUGGAGCUUGCAUACAAGACGGUGAAAGAAUCACUGAGGAUGGCCAGCAUAGUUUCCUGGUUCCCAAGGGUAGCACUCGAGGACUGCCAGGUUGCAGGGUUUCAGAUCAGCAAGGGCUGGAUUGUGAACGUCGAUGCGAGGUCCCUGCACUACGAUCCGACGAUCUACGACAACCCCACCAUGUUUGAUCCUUCGAGGUUCAACGGGGAGGAUACGAAGCCGCCGUACAGCUUCCUGGUGUUCGGAGCAGGCGGGAGAACCUGCUUGGGGAUGAGCCUCGCCAAGAUCAUGAUGCUCAUCUUCCUGCACCGGCUUGUUACGACCUUCAGAUGGGAGAUGGCAGACGAGGACACAAGCCUUGAGAAGUGGGCAAUGUUCCCUAGGCUCAAGAACGGAUGCCCCAUUCACCUUACGCCCAUAUGAUGAACUAUGGAUCGGAUCGGAUAAUAACUUGGGGGUAGGAAAUAGGAAUGGGUCUCCUGUAAGGUUUUGUUUCUCAUAUAUGGCCUGGAGCUAGUAGAUCAUCAUCGCUCAUCAGACCGUGUUAGAGUCGCGCUCAUGGGAUGAAUGAACAAAUCAAGCACGCUGCUAAAUCUGUAUGGGAAA